GUGACAACAUGAUUUUGACGGUGAUCACAUUGGCUUGUCUUCUUUCAAAUAUAACAUCUGCUCAGAAUAUCCAUUGCUAUGAUUCAGUAACCACUUUAGAUAAGGAUGCCCCGCUCGGGUCAAACUGCCUCGAGAUCACCGCGGAGGGUUUGAUAUCGCGCGUUUUCCAAGGGCAAAAAAUAUCAAAAGGCCAUGUCUACCCUGGGCUUUGGGACGGACAUGGUCACUUACUUCAAUACGGCGAACUUCUGCAUUCUGUCAAUCUGUUUGGGUCAAGCUCCCUUAAUGACACGUUAAGCAAGGUCGAAAAAUAUGCCGCUGCGCACCCUCAAGCAGGAACGGCAAGUGAGUGGAUUCGAGGAGUGGGAUGGGAUCAAGCUGUAUUCGGUAGAAUGCCUAUGGCCUUAGAUCUUGACAGUAAUCAAGAUCUUCAAGGCAAGUAUAUCAUGCUUGACCGUGUUGAUGUGCACUGCGUAUGGGUCUCUUCUGCUGUAUUGGAAUUACUUCCCUCGCCUUUCCCAGAUGUUCCUGGUGGCGACGUUAUUAGAAAUCCAGGGCCUGGUGUUUUUUGCGAUAAUGCGAUGGACGUAGUCAUGCAGUACUGGCCAAAGCCGAGCAAAGAAAGGAGAAUCGAAUUCCUAAGGACGGCAGAAAGGUCUCUAAAUUCUGUUGGUUUGGUUGGUAUACAUGAUGCUGGCGUCAUUUCAGAGAACUUGGAUAUUUACCGGGAGCUGACCGAUUCGAGGGACUGGAAACUUCGAAUUUAUGCUAUGGUUGAAUGUAAGAAGAGAAAUACGUUUUGCGGGGAUGAUGUAACCAUAUUCAAGAAUGAUCGGGGAAUGCUACACAUGAGAGGCGUCAAGUUGUUUGCCGAUGGUGCGCUAGGUUCUUGGGGGAGCGCUAUGAUCGAACCGUAUUCAGACAAACCAUCUACAACAGGCUCCUUAUUAGUUAAUGCAUCGACGCUUAAUCAGCUUGCCCUUGACUGGUCACUUGCUGGCUAUCAAGUAAAUAUUCAUGCGAUAGGCGACCUUGCGAAUCGCUAUGCAAUCGAUGCGUUCGAGUCGGCUUACGCCCAAUUAUGUCCAGAUCAACCAGCCGAUCUUUGCCAGGCUCGCCAUCGCUUUCGUAUUGAGCACGCGCAGAUUAUUCACCCUGCUGACCAAAUUAGAAUGUUCGACAUGGGAAUCAUCCCAUCGAUCCAGCCAACUCAUGCUACGAGUGAUAUGGCUUAUGCUGAGGAUAGGCUAGGCGAGAGACGAACCAAAGAGGAAGCUUACCGCAUGCGAUCGUUGCUACCCCUAAACCUGACUCUUGGAUCUGACUUUCCAGUUGAACCUCCAAAUCCAUUUGAGGGCAUCUUUGCUGCGAUCACUAGAAAAUCUCCAAAGACGGGACUUGGCAAAGAUGGUAGUGAAAACGGAUGGCAUGCACAAGAAGCUCUGGACUUACAACAAGCUCUAAGAGGGUUUACAAUAGGACCUGCUCGUGCCGCUUUUCUGGAAGGUAAAGCAGGGAUUCUUAAAGAAGGAGCUUUUGCAGAUUGGAUUGUGUUGGACAACCGAUUAGAGGAUAUCUCGUCCGAUGAGAUACGCCACGUUCGUGUCCGGCAGACAUGGGUCGGCGGGCAGCUCGCAUACGAACGGAGAGCUGAGGAGCCAGGUGAGAUAAAAGAAGAGCUCUAGGAAGCCUACAAUCAUAUAUCUCUGCAAUGAAGAGUGUGGAGACUCUACCCCUUUCUGAAGUCGAGAAAGUCAUCCCACGAACGCGUUUUCUAGAAGGAGAGUCA